CUUUUAAUAAAACAAUAUGAAGAGAUUAUUGAGGAAUGCUCAAAUUUUAUAAAAAUAAUCACGAUAUUAUCAUCAUGAUCCAGCUAGUAGAGCUUUAGUGGGUAAUCAUUUAAUUAGUAUAAAAUUAAGGAUCACCUUAAGAGAUUGCUCCUCCUAUACACUUUAAAUUAUAUUAUUUACCUGAUAAUGUUGCUAAAACUGCCUAAGGUAUGGGACAUCCUCAUUAUAGUCCUUAUUAAAUGGAGGGAAUCACCAAUUAUGAUAAUUGGGAAUACAAGUACAUUAUUGAUUUUAUCUAGAUAUUAUGGUUAAUGGUGGCAUAUAGGAUCUGUAUUCUGGAAUUCUUUGAUGUUAUUCUAUCCUUUAUUAUUAUGGUUUGUUAUUGAAUAGAGUGAGGUAUUUACAACAUCAUAUGUCUACUAUAGCAAGAAGCACUUUUAGCAAAGGAUGACAUGUUUAAGAAAUAUUUCAAUGAAGCAGGAGGAUUCUAUUAAUUUACCUACAUAAGCCCAGAAACCACUAUAAAUUAUUGAUGCAAUCAUUGGAAA